AAGCUGUAUGUAGCGAAGCUGCUUUGAAAAUAGUAAAAACUAAAAUAUAUUUUUAAAAAAUUAAUAUUAAAUUCAUAAAUAUAAUUUAAGAACAGUGUUGUUUUUGACACUUGAUCAUUUGAUAAACAAAAGCCAAGCAAUCAAUCAAGUAAACAACUCAAAAUUCAUUAGUAGUUUUUUACAUUGAUCUCUUACAAAAUGCAAGUAUCCUCGGGAUUGCUGCCGCCAGGCCAUCCGGGUGCUGGUCCGCAUGGAAUAGCUAUGUCACAGACGAUGCAACCUGGUUCUCAGAGUCAAACUAGCUCUCACUCAUCGAGUGCAAGACAAUCGACAAAUGUUAAACCUAACUAUACACUCAAAUUUACCUUGGCUGGACAUACAAAAGCGGUAUCAGCAGUUAAAUUUAGUCCUAAUGGAGAGUGGUUGGCCAGUUCUUCUGCCGAUAAACUGAUAAAAAUAUGGGGAGCUUAUGAUGGAAAGUUCGAAAAAACUAUAGCUGGUCAUAAAUUAGGCAUAAGUGACGUAGCUUGGUCAAGCGACAGUAGAUUACUCGUAACAGCUAGUGACGACAAGACGUUAAAAAUUUGGGAACUUAGUUCAGGAAAAUGCUUGAAGACUCUUAAAGGACAUAGCAAUUACGUUUUUUGUUGUAAUUUUAAUCCACAAAGUAACUUAAUCGUGUCUGGUAGUUUUGACGAAUCCGUCCGCAUUUGGGACGUUAGGACUGGAAAAUGUUUGAAAACAUUACCUGCACAUUCAGAUCCCGUAUCAGCAGUGCAUUUUAAUCGAGACGGAUCUUUAAUUGUUUCUUCAAGUUAUGAUGGGUUAUGUCGAAUUUGGGACACAUCAAGUGGACAGUGCUUAAAAACGUUAAUCGAUGACGAUAAUCCUCCAGUUUCUUUCGUUAAAUUUUCUCCAAAUGGAAAGUACAUUUUAGCAGCCACCUUAGACAACACGUUAAAGUUAUGGGAUUACUCCAAAGGAAAAUGCUUAAAAACUUACACAGGCCAUAAAAAUGAAAAGUAUUGUAUAUUUGCAAAUUUUUCAGUAACUGGAGGAAAGUGGAUUGUAUCUGGCAGUGAAGACAAUAUGGUUUACAUUUGGAAUUUGCAAAGCAAAGAAAUUGUACAACGCUUGCAAGGUCAUACAGAUGUUGUUUUGUGCACUGCGUGUCAUCCUACUGAAAACAUUAUUGCAUCUGCUGCUUUGGAAAGCGAUAAAACCAUUAAAUUAUGGAAAAGCGAUACGUGAAAUCACCAAUAAAUAAAAGAUUUGUAUUCAAUAAAAUUAUUGAAAUUAAUUUACACAUACCAUAGAACAAAGAAAAAAAAAUAAGUUAGAGCUGCAAAAGAUUUUUAAACUUAUUAAUUCAUUUAAAACUCAAUAAUUUUGUUUCAGAUUUUAAAACAUCAGUAAAAUUCUCUAAAAAUAUUUAGCUUAUUUUUCAAUAAAUUUAUGAAGUUCUUUAUUCGAGAUGUUCUUAAAUGAAUUUUAAAUAAUCUCAAUAAAUAAUUAAAAUCUUAAUAAAUCUCAAUGUAACAACAAACAUAUUGAUCAACGGUUAAAAAUUGUUUAUUAUAUUGUUCUUAAAAAUUUUGAACAAACUAUUUAGUUUCAUUUGAAACGAUCUAAGGCAAGUGCAAUUUCAAAAAAUGUUUCAGAUGUCCACCCACCUAACUUUUUCCGAAAAUCCAAGGAGGGAAUAAUGGAAUAAUGAUAAUAGUUUUGAAAUAUUUUAACCUUCAAAACAUACGAAAAAUGACUAGAAAUCAUCAAAAAUUGGUUGAAAUCUAUAAUUUUUGUUAUAUUUUGCAAUUUUUCAAAGGGUUAGACUAAUUUUCAUAGAAAAAAUUAAAAAAAAUUAAAGUUUGAAAUUUGCCAAAAAUUUUUAAGUUUCAAAAAAGUCGUUAAAAAAUUUUUUAAUUUUUUCUUGAAAUUUUUUUUUUCGAAAAUUUGUCAAAAUUUUAAAACAAAAGAUGCAAAAUGUCUUCAAAGCACACAAUUUAAUGUAAAAGCUCUUUAGAAUUAGUGAAUAAGAUGGAAAAAUCAUCAAUAUCAUUGUUUUCCAUUAUCAUUAUUCAUUACUCCCACCUCCUUACUUUUUAAGGUCCAAAAUAAUGUGA